UGUGAUUGGAGGAGGUAGCUUCGAACUUUGUCGUCAUUUCUUACAUACUUUGAAAAUACUUUGUAUUUCUGCAAGCGAUUGUACACCAUAAUCAGCAUAAUAUAUUUCAAUUUAUGCCUUCUUUUGGUUUAUCCGGUUCAUCAUUUAUGUGUACACAAUUUCUAAAAAGUAUUGAAGGAUGUCCUCACGAACAGAUGAUGUUCUGUUUGGCCAUGCAACUCUACUGGAUGAGCUUGACCGGAAGGUGAUGGUUCUGUUGCGCGACGGACGCACCCUAAUCGGCGUGCUGCGCAGCGUCGACCAGUUCGCCAACCUGGUGCUCGACAGGACCACCGAGCGAAUACACGUGGGCAAGCAGUUUGGUGACAUCUACCGCGGCAUCUUUGUGGUGCGCGGCGAAAACGUCGUGGUCGUCGGACUCAUCGACGAGAUGCGCGAGGGCACAGUCGGCCUUCAGGAGGUCUCGGUCGAGGAGAUCCUGGAGGCGCAGCGUCAGGUGCAGGAGGCCCGCCACCAACAGGAGCAGCUGCGGGUUAAGGCCAUGAAGGAGCGGGGACUGACCUACACGGCCGACCUGGGUCCCGAUGACAUGUACUGACCGAGCGGGGAGCCGGUGUGGGAAGGGGCUGCCAGGGGUCUGUCGUGUGUGACGGUGCGGAUGAGGACGGUUGUGGUUGGUGAGCGUUGCAUAUGGUACUGAGUUGGUGGAGAAGUGUGGUAACGGUGAACUGUUCAUAGCCUGCUCGAGCACAACUCUUGAGCCACUGACCCGCUGAGAGGUGCUCAGACUGAGAGGAGCACGACCGCUCGCUGUGACGGCUUGGAGGGAGGCAGUUUUAAUAUCGAUUGCUCUCUGUCCGCGCUGUUGCCGCACCCCGGUGAUCUGACUUAUGUGGGCGCCGUUAGGCGGAGUAAGUGCUACCCAAGAGACGAUUCCCAGCCAUGAGAGGUCCCGGUCACACAUAUGAGGGGUCACCUGACGAUGACUCACAUUGUUGCCCUUUGUGACGCUCCGGGUGAAGCUCACAGGACGUGGAGCAAUGUCCUCGCCCUGUGGAUGACGAUGAUGAUGAUGUGGCUGCUGACAGGGAAUGCGGCCGGAGCGAUGUGCUUGGUGAGGCUGCAGUUUUUCUGUGAUACAGAGCAUGUUACCUCCUGAUUUGAUAAGCUGUUUCGGUGAAUAUUUUGUACUUUAUUCUAAUAAAAAUGUCGACGACGAUC